ACAGUAGACUGAUAAGUGCUUGUGUCCCCUACGAUAGUCCGAUAACUUGCCACAGGAGCGGGAUUUUUGAUUUUCCUCGGCCAGUGUCAACUGCCUGGCCCAAGCUUCUCUGGCGAUUUUUGCUCCAGUAGCGCAGUAGUAAUGGAGAAUAUCUCCCUUGACAAACAAAGUGCUCCCGAUUGGCGGUAGCAGCUUUGGCACGGGCGGAAGAUAUCUAGGAACCCGUUCUUGGUGGGGUCGCCGAUUCCGAUAUCCCCCUCUUCCUCUCAUCUGCGUGAUUAUUCUUAUCCUUUUCAAGCGCUCCUGCUAUCGCACGGACGGAGGAAAAAAGAAUCUGUUAUCAGUUUUGCAAAUUUGACUCCUUGAUAAAGUGCUACGAUGGAUUAUUUCCUUGAUAUUCUCUGUCUCAUACUCCUCGUGUUUUUGGGUUACGGCUGUUGCUCUACGAGAACCCCUGCAACAAUGGAGGCUUCUCUGUGCACCAAGAACGAAGACACGAUACUGGUGCCUGAGAGGGACGACAAGCCAUUAAUUGCCAACGAAGAUGGCCCAACUGUAGCGAAUGGCACCGAUGGAACGCCGAACCUCAUGACAGAUAGUGCGAACGGCGUGGCUCCACUAUUGCCCCGAAGAAAGCGAAUAGUGGUUGUUGGCCUGGGCAUGGUAGCAAUUGCAUUCAUGUAUUCCUUCCUCCCGAUAAACAAUCCGUUCCUACUAGCUAAUUCAUUGCGUCAGUGAAAAGAUCUUGAAGCUUGAUGCCGAGAACAAACAGUACGAGAUCGUGGUCAUUGGUGAAGAGUCGCAUGUGGCAUACAACCGUGUGGGAUUGACUUCAUUUUUCGAACACCGAAAAGUUGAGGACCUUUACUUGAAUCCAAAAGAAUGGGUAUGCAGACGUUACUUCACAGUGCUGGGGAGGGAUAUGAACUAACCGAAACAUCAGUAUGAGUCAAAUUCGGAUGUUCUAAACCACAGAAUCAACACCAAAGUCACAGCCAUCGAUCCUGUAUCGAAAUCGAUAGCAACAUCUGCCGGCUACAAUGUAAGCUACGAUAUCCUAGUGUUAGCAACCGGCUCGGACGCGGUUGUCCCAUCGAAUACACCCGGGCAUGACAGCGAGGGAGUGUUUGUUUAUCGGAAUAUCGAGGAUCUGGAGAAGUUGAUAUCGUUCUCCGCUGUGGUAAGCGGAUCAACAGGUUGUGUAGUAGGUGGUGGGUUGCUUGGACUUGAGGCGGCGAAGGCGAUGAUGGACCUCGAGCAGUUUGGGUCUGUCAAACUAAUUGACAAGAACCCUUGGGUUUUGUCGAGACAGCUUGAUCAAGACGCGGGGAAAUUGGUGCUUGAGAAGGUUGCAGAGCUGGGACUUGACGUACUGAGUUGCAGAAAGAUUAAGACGAUCAAUUCCAACGAGAAUAAUCAGACCGAGAGUGUCACAUUUGAGGAUGGAGAAACUAUGAAAACCACAUGUAUAUGCUUUGCUGUAAGUUCUUGUAUGCUCAUGGGAUGGCAAUUGUUGCUAACCGUUGUACAGAUCGGUAUUAAACCCAGAGACGAGCUCGCCGAUAGUGCCGGGAUCAGGACUGCCGGUCGCGGGGGUUUCAUUAUUAACAAAGAGUAUGACCUCCAUUUUAAGUCUUUAUUUCUCGGGCUAGUCCGUUCUUACCAUGAAUGGUCAACAGUGUCGAAACGACCGUCCCCGGAAUUUAUGCGAUCGGAGAAUGUGCUUCAUGGGAAAACCAAACCUUUGGUUUGAUUGCUCCCGGGGUCGAGAUGGCAGAUGUCCUUGCAUUCAACCUCUGCAAAUCAACAUUGCAUGGCCACUCAGAGGCGCCAAAGGCCUUUAGACGCCCUGAUCUUUCAACCAAAUUGAAGUUGCUUGGCGUCAACGUCGCUUCCUUUGGUGACUUCUUCGCUGACCGGGAUGGACCUAGAGAGUUGCCCGGUCGCUCCCCAAGUCAGGAGAGAAGAGGAAGAGAAGUCAAGGCGCUCAGUUAUAGAGACCCCUUCCAAGCCGUUUAUAAAAAGUACAUCUUUACAUCAGAUGGAAAAUACCUACUUGGCGGCAUGAUUAUCGGGGACACGGCAGACUACAUUAAACUUGUAGGAAUGGUCAAGUCUAAGAAAGCGUUGGAAAUUCCGCCCUCGCAAUUAAUCUUGGGCGCAAAAACCGAGGGAGACGAGAACCCGGAUGACUUGUGGGUCCCCUUUCCCGGGUUGGCUCUACCGGAGGCUUGCUAAAGUGAUGCUAGGGACGACGAUACCCAGAUUUGCUCAUGCCACAACGUAACGAAAGGAGAUAUCAGCAAAGUGGUCAAAGACGGCAGCUGCAAGAGCUUGGGGGAUGUAAAGUCUUGCACAAAAGCCGGCACUGGAUGUGCCGGCUGCGUGCCACUCGUUCAGUCAAUCUUCAAUGCCGAGAUGAAGGCUAUGGGAGCCGAAGUCUCAAAUCAUCGUUCGUCACCCACUUUGCCCCGCUGUACCGCCGCUAACCCUUCAAAGUUUGUCCACACUUCGCCUACUCUCGUGUUGACCUUUUCAAUAUCGUCAAAGUGAAGGUUAGUUCUUCCAGACGCUGUCUGAGGGUGUGCUGACAUCCGCAGGAAAUAAAAACCUUUCCCGAAGUAAUGCGCGAGUGUGGCAAAGACCCCGAAUCACUUGGCUGCGAGGUAUGCAAGCCGACUCUGGGGUCUAUAUUCUCUUCCCUUUUCAACCAGCACAUAAUGGAUAAACCCCUGCACAUGCUCCAAGAGACAAACGAUAGAUUCCUUGCAAAUAUUCAACGAAACGGGACCUUCUCGGUUGUUCCCCGAAUGGCGGGAGGGGAGAUUACGCCUGAUAAACUCAUCGCUAUCGGUACAGUAGCGAAGAAAUACAAUUUAUACUGCAAGGUUACCGGUGGGCAGAGAAUUGAUAUGUUCGGUGCACGAAAACAAGACUUGGUGGCUAUCUGGACGGAGCUUGUGGAGGCGGGGAUGGAGAGUGGACAUGCCUAUGCUAAGAGUUUGAGAACAAUCAAGGUUUGCUUUUCAUUGACUUUAAUCCUCGAGACUUGCUAACGAUGUUAUCCUAGAGCUGUGUAGGGACCACAUGGUGCCGGUUCGGUGUCGGUGACAGUGUUGGCAUGGCAAUCAGGCUGGAAGAGCGAUAUAAAAGUAUUCGCGCACCGCAUAAAAUCAAAUCUGGUGUUUCGGGAUGUAUCCGGGAGUGCGCAGAAGCCCAGAACAAAGAGUAGCUUUCUUCCCCCCAAAAUGCCUGUUAUCAUAUAGGCUAACCUCCGACGCUAGCUUCGGUCUUAUUGCCACCGAGACUGGAUACAACAUCUUUGUUGCCGGAAACGGGGGCUCCAAGCCCCGUCAUUCGGAACUCUUAAUAAAGGACUGUCCCGUGGAUAGAGUUAUCCCGGUCCUAGACCGCUACCUAAUGUUCUACAUCCGUACCGCAGAUAGACUCCAGAGAACAGCCCGUUGGAUGGAAAACCUCCCGGGGGGGAUCAAAUACCUGAAGGAAGUAAUCCUGGACGACAAGCUUGGGAUUUGCGACCAGCUCGAGAAGGAAAUGCAGGACCUAGUGAAGUCCUACUUCUGCGAAUGGACGGAGGUUGUCAAAGACACAGAGCGGCGAAAGUAUGCACUUGCCCCUACCCUCAUUUCUGAUCAGGGGUACUAACACACUACUACUAGACAAUUCCAACAAUUCGCCAACACCUCCGACGCCAGCGAGACCGUAGAAAUCAUCAGCGAGCGCUCCCAAUCCAGGCCAACAUAUUGGCCCAAAGAAAGUGUAAAAUACGAUUUCAAAAACCACCGCUGGUCAAAUCUAGCCUGGCAGCCCAUAAUCGAAGCCUCAUACUUCUCCAACGCAAACUCCUCAACACCCGUAACUGCCGCGAUCAAGCGGGGCGAUACCCAGCUCGCCAUCUUCAAAGUGAGGGGUAAAUACUACGCCACGCAGCAGAUGUGUCCUCACAAACGGGCCUUCGUGCUCUCGGACGGCCUGAUAGGCGAAGACCCAGACGACGGCACGGAAGAGGGCAAGAAGAAGAGGAAAAUGUGGGUCAGUUGUCCUUACCACAAGAGGAACUACACACUCGAAGGCAAGACUCCCGGCGGGUGUGCGAACGAUGAGGAAAUCAGUAUUGCGACGUUUGAUGUGGAGGAGAGAAGCGAUGGGUGGGUCUACUUGAAGUUGCCGAGCGUGGCAGAGUUGGACGCUUUGCUAGGGACUGAGAGGUGGAAGGUAAAGAAGGAGGAGUCGGAGGACCCCUUCAAGGAGAUGGAUAAAAAAAUUGGUAACAAGGGACGGAAGGCCGUCAAGCCCACCGAGGUCGUAGAUGGGAAUGGAAGUCUAGCGGAAAAGAAGAUCAAUGGGCUAGAGUGGUAGAAUGGGCUUGCGGUCAUCUUUUGUGUUGUACAUAUAUAUGGUUUUGAUUUUCGGAGUUUUGUAGAACGAUCCCCUGGGAAGCAUGCGCCCCCCUUUAUUUUUGAUCUGCCCUCUUUAGCAUCAACGCACUCCCAUAUUUUCUUUCGG